UACCUUGAUUUUUGUUGCAGAUGAAAUAUGCAAGCAGUUAAAAGAUACUGAGGCUAAGGCAAUUUUUACAUUAACAUCACUCGCGCCAUUGGCAAAUGCCGCGGCAAAACUUGCCAACCGGACCGUACCCACCAUAACAAUAAAAAUGGCGAGUACAGACUCGACACCCGAUGGAACAAUUGACUUACGCCAAUUGAUGGACUCCAAGUGGGAUGUUGAGGACUUAUCUCCAGGUGGUUGCAAUGACAUUGCUGUGCUUCCUUACUCAAGCGGUACGACCGGACUACCAAAAGGCGUGGAAUUAACUCAUCGGAAUAUAAUUGCUAAUAUUUGUCAAGUCACUGACACUCAUGUACGAUUGGCCCAAGAAACAACUGAUGAACACCAAGACGUUGUCCCUGCAAUACUUCCAUUAUUUCACAUUUUUGGCUUGACUGGCGUCCUUCUCACUCACUUAAAAAAUUUAUGCAAAGUAGUUACAGUUCCCAGAUUUAGUCCAGAACAAUUUUUGCAAUUACUGACUAAACACCAACCACAAAUUUUAUUUGUGGUUCCUCCUAUUGUUGGUUUGAUGGCCAAUCAAUCAGAAUUAAAAAAGGAGUAUUUGCAACCAGUGCGGACAAUAUGUUCUGGAGCGGCUCCUUUGGGAAGAAAAGACGAAGAAAAAUUGAAGUCUAAAGUCGGUAGUCAUAUAGAAAUAAUACAAGGGUACGGCUUAACUGAAACUUCACCAGCUGUAUUUAUGGCAAGCAAACGAAGUAAAACUCGUGGUGUUCGUGGUAGCGUAGGUGAACCCUUACCAAACACUUCCAUAAAAUUGAUUACCGCCGACAGUUCUCAACGUGAAAUAAACUCUCCUCAGGACGUAGGAGAAAUACAUGUUAAAGGACCACAAGUUAUGAGGGGUUAUUACAAAAAAGAUAAAGAAACAAACGAAGCGUUUGCCGAUGGCUGGUUUAAAACUGGAGAUGUGGGUUACUACGACGAGCAUGGCAUGUUCUUCAUUUCGGAACGUAUAAAAGAGCUUAUCAAAGUGAAAGGGUUUCAAGUUGCACCAACGGAACUGGAGGAAAUACUACGCAAUCAUCCCGACAUAAUAGAGGCCGCUGUAAUUGGGGUGCCCCACAAACAGUACGGCGAAGUUCCCAAAGCGUAUGUUGUUCCAAAACAUAAUCAGCAAGCAGAUGUGGACGGCAUUCAGAGAUAUGUUGCAGAAAAGGUUGCUAAGUAUAAGCAUCUGAAAGGCGGAAUUGAAGUUGUGGAGGCUAUUCCAAAAACCACCUCGGGAAAAAUUUUACGAAGCGAAUUAAGAAAGGAGUAUCAAAAAGCGGCGCAGUAACAUUAAAAUGUUUGUGGACAGUCGUAAAAUCAUAUGAAAAUACUUGCGCUUUGUUAUGUCUUAUAAUUAACUUCUUAUAUGUGUGCUUUUAUGAAGAGCGCGUAUCAAGCAAGUUCAAGAAGUUAAUUUUGAAACAUAACAGAAAUGGCUUCCUACAAUGCAGGGUACCUAGUCUUUUUUUAUGUUAAGAUACCACUUUGUUGUGAUAUGUUUGGUAUGAUUUAUUGACUUGGGUACUUAUAUGAAAAGAGGACCAAGAGAAUAGAAUUAAAUUGAAUAUAUUCUGAGAAUAUCCAUAGAAUAAUAAUUUUUGUACGUUCUGUAAUAUUGUUACAUAACAACAAAGGGCCAAUGAAUUCUUAAUAUUGA